AUGGAAGUAGUGAAUGUUUAUGCAACCGCAUCGACGAUCGAACCGUGCUCGCGCAAAGAUUUGCUUGCAUUUGUCAACAGUUUUCUUGGGGGAAAAUAUAAGCGCAUUGAGGAGUUGGCGACGGGUGCAGCUUACUGCGAACUGACAGAAAUACUCUUCCCAGGUAAACUGCCGUUCAAAAAAGUGAAGCUGGUUUCGAACAGAGAAAAUGAUUGGAUUGCUAAUUGGCGUGUAUUGCAGUCCGUGUGGGACAAAAUUGGAGUACAAAAGGAGGUGCCCGUCGAACGCUUAAUCCGAGCUAAGUUUCAAGACAAUUUGGAAUUCUUACAAUGGUUCAAGAAAUUUUUCGACGCCAACUAUGGCGGAAGUUGGCCGGAUAUUUCUGAUGGUAGUAAGAGCAAGACAAAACAACUGAAAAAGGAUUUGAUUGCACUGGGCCAAAAAAAUAUAUUUUUGCUCGAUAAACUGCAUCAAAUCGAUCAGCUUUGCCGAAGUGCUCAAAGUUCUUUCGUACUGCGUGAAGAAGUUGUGGCUAUACUAGACGAAGUCAAGGAAGACCUCGUAAUUAUCGAAGGUGGUCCUCAAGUUCCAGUUGGAGCGGUUGGCAGCAACGCGGAAGGCGCUGUGGAUCUGGGAGAACAGCGUUUCCCGAAAGCGCGUUGUUUAAGUGAUUCUGAGACCUAUUAG